AUGACGAAUAUGGAACAGAUCACGCUUUCCACGGAGCGCGUCACGGCAGUGUUCGUUCGGAAGCUGCCCGGCGGAGCACAGCAGGCCCUGGUCUGCACAGAGCGGGGCAUUCAACCCUUGCUAGGACUCGAGGACGAUGCUGCCGGAGCCACAGAAAUUCGCCUGGGCCCGCCGCUGGCGCUUAUGGAGCGCACUGCUGACGGACGCUCCCUGCCGUACACCUGGUCUCCCCCGCCCGCUGCCGGCGGCGCUGGCGACAAUGACCGUGCCGACGGUGCCGCGCGCGCUCCAGUCUACGCCGUUGGCGAUGUGGGCCCCGUCGGCGACGGCUGCCUUUGUUUCGUGUCCACGUACGACACCAUUGUACGACUGGACGCUGACGGCCACGUGGAGCUCGUGGCGGGCCAGCCCGGCUGCCCGGGACGCCGCGACGGCCCCGGCGGGGCCGCACUCGUACGGUCCCCUCUCGUCAUGGCGCCGGACGGCACCGGCGGCGUGUUCUUCUCCGACGGCAGUCGCGACUGUGUACGGCGGGCACGGCUGGCGGCGCCGCCGCCACGUUCGGCAGCGCCGCCGUCGCCGGUGCUGCCCGUCACAGUGGCCACGCUGCCAUUCCAAAUCCCCGAUUGGUCGCUCGUCCACGCGCUGUCGUACGAUUACGCCGCCCAGGUGCUUUACGUGUGUACGCCGCGCAUGGUGUAUCAUGCUGUGGGCGUCGGUACGGCAUCGGGUACGGCGGCGCCGGGGUUGCAGCCGGUAGCUGGCGGCGAGGAAGGCGGCGGCAGCGGCUGCGUCGACGGCGUCGGGCGGGCCGCGCUGUUCGGAUCCAUUUGCGAUGCCGUGGUGGACAGCCGCGGCAGCCUGUACGUCAUCGACAUGGAGGGACCCGGCGGAGGCGCAGUCGUACGGCGAGUCGACCCCGCCGCCGGCGGGGUAGUACAGACGCUGCCGUCAGCUUCGCUCGGUUAUUUGGACCGUGCGGUGCGCCUGGCGAUCUUGCCUGGCGGCUGGUUAUGUUUGUACGAAUGGGGGGGUAAUAAACUCUGGAUGUUGCAGCUGGGAUUGGAACCGUCACGACCCGGGGUGCGGGCACCGCGGCUGGCGGCGGCAGCGGCGGCGCCAGCCGUCGGUCCCGACCUGGGCGGCCUCGCGGACGAUUUCGGAGCCCUACUGACGGACCCUUGGCACAUCGCUGACGUCAUCAUCUUGGCGGGGGAUAACCUCUUCCCGGCGCACAGUCAGGUCCUCAUCGCCCGCUGCGAGUAUUUCCGGCGGCGGCUGCUCCAGACUGGCAACCCGCAGGACCACGUGCCUGUCGCCGCCGCUACAGCUGCCGCCGCCGCCGCCGCCGCCGCCGGCAGUGGCGGCGAUGGCAGCGGCGCGGACGUGGCGGCGGCUGCCGCCGUCAGGCUGCGGGAGGUGCCUCUGGCGGACGCCGACCCGGAAGCUGUUGCCCAGCUACUGCGGUACAUCUACACGGGGAGCGUUGACUUUCCUGACCUGCUACUGCGGCCGGUACUGGAACUAGCAAACCGCUUGCUACUGCCGAGGUUGGCGGCGGCGGUGCAGCAGCAGCUACAUCAGAAGCAUCCGCCAAUGCAGCCCCCGCCGGCCGCCGUGUACGACACCGCCGCAGGGACGGAGGCGGAGGCGCCGGUGCCGCCAGCUCCGAAUUCCGCGGUGCACGUUACCUCGGGCGGGGACGCGGCCGGCCUCCAAGGGGACGCCCCUGGAGCUCUUCACGGGGCCCAGGUAACUUCUCCGUGGGGCUCCGUGGGGCCGACGGCACCGACGGCAGCGAUGGCGGUGCCGCUGCCACUUGCUGAGGAGAAGGAGGAGAAGGAGGAGGAGGAGAAGGGUGAUGAUGACGACGGCAACGCCCCUUCAGCGCCUCCGGCCGAGGCCGGACAGCCGCUACAGCCGCUACAGACCCAACAACGUCCCUCACAGCCAUUGUCACAGCCGCAGCUGCAGCCGUACACUUCGUACUGCUACACGCACCGUCCUGUCGCCGUCACGACGGAGGGAACCAGGCCGACGGCACCGUCAGCACCGGCAGCGCCGCCAACCUUUCUCGCUCCACCAACAGCCGCGGCGUACGGCGCAACGCAACAGACGUACAAUACCGUACCCGGCCAGAUGUACGGCACGGCGCCACCGCUGCCUUCCGCAGCCUUCAGCGGGGGCCCAAGCCUGGAGGCUGGCGGCUAUGGGUUUGUACAGCCGACAAUUUACGGCAAUACGGAGCUGUCACAUCCGUACGGAGCCCACGGCUUGUCGUAUACGCCGCCGCCAGUGUCGUCGUCGUUGGGGUCCCUGUACGGAUCGGCAACAACGGCGCCGCUGCCGCCCCCGCCGAACGCCGGAUAUGGCAUGCCGUUGCCGCUGGCACCGGCAUGCCAACCUUCAUCGUCGUACCCGAUGCCGGGCUACCCGCCGCAAAUGUACGGAGAUGCGUCGCAUCCGCAUCCGCAUCCGCAGCCGCCGCCUCCGCCCGGCGGAGGUUAUUAUUAUCCGCCAUUUCGUUGA